AUGAAUUCUUGCUGUUGUUCACUCAGCUACACAUGGAUCAUUUCCUUUUUAAUCCCCAUUUUCACUUUUGCUUGUGAGCAUUUCACUGUGUCUAUCAUCACGACGUUAGUUUUGGUUUCUUCUGCAUUUUUGUUCUUGAUACACUCUAAGCACAACUUACAAGUUCUUGAGCAGCAAGAUCAACAACCCUACCAAGAAGAUGAUCAGAAUGAUGUGAAUCAAGUUACAGAAGCCGUAAAGAAAGGGUGUUUUGAUGUGGGUUCACCGGAUUCUUGCUCUGAAAGUGAAGUCAUUGAUCAGUUCUCAUGUACAACCGAAGAAGAUUCCGACUUUGAUGGCUGGCAAUUUUCCGGCGAGGUAUACCGGAGACCUGACUGCUCUGACGGCUCCAUAUCCGACGAGGAGAGCUUAAUUGAAAUCGCACUCCCCGGUGGCCACUAUGUUGGCUACCAAGACGUUGAAGAACCCAAGUUUUGUUGUCGACAGAGGUCACCGGAAUCUGUAUUGUGGUGGCCGGAGAUGAAUGAGGAAGAAAAUAUGAUAGAAAUAGACUUAUCUGUGGGGUCAAUUAAGUGCUCAAGAUUUGAAAUUAAAGCGUGA